AUUUGAACCAACCAUACCCAAUGUGAUUGAAAGAAGGGACAAAAAGACACAAGAACGAAGCGGGAUCCCCGGAAGAUGCGUACUCAUGGAGUCCACCAGCAUGACCCAUGGCUCUUCUCCCGCCCAGAGCCACAAAACAAGCAUCCCGUCUUCAGUCCAAUCUACCACAGCCUCAAGCAACGGCCAGGCCCGCACGGGUAAUCGGAAGCUCUACUAUGCAUCGCAUUCUAGUCAUAAUAGUCAUGACGGUGUUCGAUAUAAUGAUAGCGACACCGGUCACCAUCGGCAUCAUCAUCACCACCGCCACUUUGGUAUAGACACCUCCCUUUUCGACCGCGGCAGUUCGAAAUCACCUCACAGAGAAAGACAUAUACGCAGCAAGUCCUACGAUCCUCGUUUAACUCGAAAAAUGAACCACAUUGCUUCAUCCACUGGUGCAAGGUCACUGCUUCCGACCUGGCCGGGGGGCAAGGAGAGAGACCGCGAUGGGGAUGACGGCCUACUCAGACCUACUACAAGUGAACCGAUUCAGUCACAUUUGAUGUCUGAAUCGCCCAGCGGUGGGGGUACUGGGAGUAGCAGGAAGGAAAUUUUGAUACUAAGUGAUAGCGAUUUGAGCCUGAGAGUUGGAUCUAUCCAAAAACAAGAAAUUCGAUCCAUGGAGGAUAUCGAACAGGCGAAAAGGAGGAGAAAACAAGGAGAACAAUAUCUGAGGUCUUCUCUUGCAUCGAUUGGGACUCUGGCAACUGACAUGACGCGUCGGUUUGAUUACACAUACUACAAUUUACUGGACAGAAUUGCUAAGCUCAAUUCAAUCAUUGUCUCGUUCCAAGAUUUGGCUGAUUCUGCAUCGGCACUUUUGAAAGACGUUGACAGAGAGACUGAGGGCCUGGAGCAUGAGAUUCGCAGGCAGCUUGAAGAGUUAAAGGGAUUCAAUGCUCAGGCCGAAAAAGUUUUAGCCCUGGAAGAACGUAUGAAGGUGGGCAAGAAGAAGAUUGAGGUACUUGGAAAUAGACUCCGAGCGGCAGGAAAUGAGAUCGAGGACUGGGAGAAGCGGGAGGAUAGACUGCGGACUCAGACUAACCGGAGACUUCGCAUCUUCUGGGUUGCAGUGGUAACCAGCGUCCUUGUUCUUUUCAUCGCCAUAGCAAUCCAAUGUUUGCGACGUGCCGAGUCUCCUCCUAUUGAGGUGGCCUCUCAGUUGCCAAUGGCAUCGAGCAAGUAUUCGACAGGAAGGUCGCUGGGGACGCUUGUUGGCAGCCAGAUGACGGCAGAUACACAGGACCAAAAUGGCCCUUCUGCUUACCCGUCGAGUCCCGCAUAA